AUGGGCGGUGACUCUGGUGGUCCAAGCGGCGGCGACCUUUCUUCAGGAGAAAGUCAACGCUCCUGGAGCGAUACCCUGGGGGGUUUGACUCAGCGAGCGUCGGUGUACGGCGUGGCGGUGGGGUACUGCAUCUCGGGCUCGCUGCUGUCGAUCAUCAACAAAUGGGCGGUCAUGAAGUUCCCCUACCCGGGGGCGUUGACCGCCCUGCAGUACUUCACCAGCGCUGCCGGCGUCCUCCUCUGCGGGUGGCUCGGGGUGGUGGAGCACGACCGGUUGAAUCUCCACACAAUGUGGAGGUUCCUCCCUGCCGCCGCCAUGUUCUACCUCUCGCUCUUCACCAACAGCGAGCUGCUCCUCCACGCCAAUGUGGACACCUUCAUUGUGUUCCGGUCGGCAGUGCCGCUGCUGGUGGCGGUGGGGGAGACACUAUUCCUGGGGCAGCCGUGGCCGUCCCUGCGGACGUGGCUCUCCUUGGCGACCAUCUUCGGCGGCGGCAUGAUCUACGUGGUCACUGACUACCACUUCACCGUGACGGCGUACAGCUGGGCAGCAGCGUACCUGGCCAGCAUGGCCGUUGACUUCGUCUACAUCAAGCACGUGGUGAUGACCAUCGGGCUGAACACUUGGGGCCUGGUCCUGUACAACAACCUGGAGGCGCUGCUACUGUUCCCCGUGGAGCUGCUCCUGAUGGGGGAGCUGAAAAAGAUGGAGCAAGCCGAGCCGGCGGCGUGGCGCUCGUCUGUGGUGGUGGUGCCGGUGGGGCUCUCCUGCGUCUUUGGACUGGCCAUCUCCUUCUUUGGCUUCUCCUGCCGCCGCGCCAUCUCCGCCACCGGCUUCACCGUCCUCGGCGUGGUCAACAAGCUCCUCACGGUGGCGAUUAACCUGCUCGUCUGGGACAAGCACUCCUCCUUCGUCGGCACUGUCAGUCUCCUGGUCUGCAUGUUCGGAGGAAUUCUCUACCAGCAGUCCGCCGCCACCAAGCCCAAAGCUUCUGGCGCCGCCGCCGCUGCACCGCCGCCAACGGACGAGGAGCAGCAGCGGCUUCUGGAGAUGACAGAUGCUGGUGGCGGGAAGGCCCCUUCGGCUCCCCUCGACGGCGCCAAGUGA